CUAGUGGAAUUGUUAAAGACACCUUUGUUGGAGCCAGAAAUGGACAAUACAGGCUUUUAAAAAUAGUCAUUGACAAUGAGCAGCUUGUUGUGGGAUCCUGUAGGCGGCCAGUUGGAUCAUGGGAAAAUGAUUAUGAUUCCUUUGUCCUUCCCCUUCUUGAAGACAAGCAACCAUGUUAUAUAUUGUACAGACUAGAUUCUCAGAAUGCUCAAGGAUAUGAGUGGAUCUUCAUUGCAUGGUCACCUGAUCACUCUCCUGUUCGUCAGAAAAUGUUGUAUGCAGCAACGCGAGCAACACUUAAGAAAGAAUUUGGAGGUGGUCAUAUUAAGGAUGAAGUAUUUGGAACAGUACAGGAUGAUGUUUCACUGAAUGGAUAUAAAAAAUACUUGAUAUCACAGUCGUCCCCUGCACCUCUGACUGCAGCAGAAGAGGAACUUCGACAAAUUAAGAUUAAUGAGGUACAGACAGACGUUGGUGUAGAUACCAAGCAUCAAACGUUGCAAGGAGUAGCAUUCCCCAUUGCUAAAGAAGCUAUUCAGGCUUUGGAGAAAUUGAAAAAUAAGAAACUCAAUUAUGUACAACUGCAAAUUGAUAUGAAAAAUGAAACUAUUAUUUUGGCCAACACACUUCAUACUGAACUUAAGGACUUGCCAAAAAGAAUUCCAAAGGAUGCUGCGCGUUACCACUUUUUCCUGUAUAAGCAUGCCCACGAAGGAGACUAUUUGGAAUCCAUAGUUUUCAUCUACUCUAUGCCAGGGUAUACCUGUAGUAUACGAGAACGAAUGCUCUACUCCAGUUGCAAAAGUCCAUUGUUAGAAAUUGUAGAAAGACAGUUGUGGAUGCAGAUAAUUAGAAAGAUUGAAAUAGAUAACGGCGAUGAGUUAACUGCUGACUUCCUUUAUGAAGAGGUUCACCCAAAACAACAUGCUCACAAACAAAGUUUUGCUAAACCCAAAGGUCCUGCAGGGAAGAGGGGAAUACGACGACUGAUCAGAGGUCCAGCAGAGACUGAAACACCUGGUGAUUAGGAACCAUUGGUUGCAUUUGUUAUAAAGUAUUACACUAAGAAAUGAAAUUCUGGCUUUUGGAAAUGGACUGAAAUCAUUCCAUUUGUAGACGCUAGGAAAAAAAAAAAAAGGCUCUUUUUACUCUUCUCUCUUGUGACCUCAACGCUUUUUAUAUUGUUACAGGAUUGUACUUGUUGACCAUGUUUUAUGACAUGUGGAAAAGCUAAUUAUUUUGAAGCUAGAAGAGGAAAACUAAGCUAGUACCCCUUUAUUUUAAAUUAGAAUCCA